GUGUCUAAUUGGUUCAUGUGGUUUUCUUCAGAGUAUACUCUAGCUUGUGAUUUUGAAGACGUCUCAUUGUGUGGAUAUACAAUCAUCUCUAAUACAUACGGACAGAUGUGGAGUCGGGUAGGAGGGUAUUAUUACCAGAUACCACCAUAUGAUCAUACUAAACAAGAUGAGAGCGGAAGCUUUCUUCUAUUUGUAAAUUGGGAUAAUGAUCAAUCACGGUAUGAGAGUACAACUGCUACAACUCCAAGUGUAACAUUUCCUGAAGACGGUUGUAUCUCCUUCUGGUACAUUCUAAAUGGUACAGCUGUACAGCCAACAGCUUUGUCAGCGCAGAUAAUGGUCUCUCUUAACUACAUCGACACGUCAGAAACCGAGUUUGUAUUUUACGACAGUGUGGACCGACAAUUCACUGACUGGACAGAGGCUCGUGUUCCGGUGCGCGGGAACCAGACGGUGUCGGCAAACUUUACCGCAAUAAUAUCGGAAAAUUUCCUGGCUUGGCCAGGGGUAGUUGCGCUAGAUGACAUAGCCUAUGUUCCUGGGAAUUGUAGUCCUUCUAAAGUAUGUAAUUCACGAACGUUUGAAUGCAAGGAUACGGGUGUGUGUAUUCCACAGCGGUUAGUAUGCGAUGGAAGAAAAGACUGUGGUGAUAACUCGGAUGAGCAGAAUUGUGAAAGUCGGCCAAAUGGAAAAUUUAUGCUAGGCGGUGGUGAUGGAACAUACGGACAAGUACUUUACUAUCUAGAUGGUUCCUGGCGACAUGUUUGUUUCCCUACCAGUUCUUCUGAUAUCGAGGACUUCAAUAUCAUAGCCACACAACGUAUUUGCGAACAGUUGGGAUUUAUCGGUAGAUCGGAAUCGUACGAGUAUAAGCUGAGGUAUACCACAACAAAUGCCGUCAGUCUCGACUGUGACGACACUUCGUGUACAGACACCUAUUGUAGUUCUUAUUAUUCAUCUACUUAUGCUGGUGUAAGAUGCUCAAAUACAGCAUGUGCCUCAGGAACCGUACUCUGUCCAGGUACUGCUGACGUCUGCGUCCCAGCAGGAAGCUUGUGUGAUGGAAAUCCGCAAUGUCCUAAAAACUCAGAUGAAACUGGAUGCUGUUGCCUGGAGGGAGACAGUUAUUGUACCAGACCUGUAGACGAAUAUAAAGAUGAGCAAUGCCUGAAAUGCACCGCCAAAGGUAUGUUCGAAUGCCAAAACCACCAGUGUAUAAGUACGGAUUUGAUAUGUGACGGAACAAACGACUGCGCAGAUGGAACAGACGAAUACCGUUGUGUGCACAUCGAUGACGGCCAAGUCACUGUAUAUUACCAGUCACAGAGACAGAGACUUCCGGUUUGUCACGACAAUAUUGGUCGAAAAGAGGCAGAAUCAUUAUGCUCUGCAUCCGGAGGCGGCUUACUUGGCAACCGUGGGAUACAACGAAGUUAUACGAAAGUUGACAAUGGCUUAAUGUUAACUGAGAGUAGCUCAACUGGAGGCUUUCUUCCUGGCAUAGAAUUUAGCCAAGACCAAACGUCCUGUUACCCGCUGAUAUUAAAUUGCUCGUUGCCAGAAUGCGGUACUACUUCAUACAUAGAUGAUAAGAUAUCGCCAUUCAUUUACAUGGCCGAUGUAGCUAUUCUUGGGGAAUGGCCGUGGCAUUGCAGCCUGCGUAAAUAUGAUGAUUUACAUUGUGGAUGCACCUUACUUUUUGGGCAAUGGGCUUUAACUGCUGCACAUUGCGUUGAGUCUAGAACUCCGUCCCACUAUACAGCAACAUUUGGAUCAGUUCGAUCUGACAGUAUUGGUGCAUAUGGACAACAAUUCAACGUUAUAGAUAUUCAAAUUCAUCACCUGUAUAACGACUAUGACGUCACUAAGGGGCAUGACGUCGCUCUACUUAAGCUUGCAUUUGCCCCUAAAAUUGACAACUACACAAGACCUAUUUGUCUCGGAACGGAACGCACCUGGCAGUAUAUACUUGAUCAAGGGGACAAGGCGGAAUGUUACAUCACUGGCUAUGGAGCAAACGAACUCUAUUUUGCAAACGGUGACAAUCCAGAGAAGGACUUGGGCGAGUCUAGAGUUGAUAUUGUCGACAAGAAAACCUGUCGAGAAAGAUACAGAUUAGCGGGUCUAACAGAAGAUACUGUAUCCCAUGACGGCAUAUGUGCACAGAAUGCUAAACCUUACCAGGCUGCUUGCUAUGGUGAUAGUGGCGGAUCUUUAGUUUGCAGAAACGAAAUAGGACGAUGGGAGCAGUUUGGUGUUGCGAGUUACGGAGCUUCUUAUUGUAAAAAGUUUGUUCCAAUCAUUUACUUCAAUGUAACAACACAGAGAGACUGGAUUGAAUCUGAAACAGGUAUUAAACUUCAAGAUGUGUAUCCCCCAUUAUACGACGAUCCAUUAGAGUGAGUCAUGCAACAGCCUACAAGAGAUGGUUUCCUAAUGAUUCAGCCCGAUAAAUUUUGUACAUUGAACUUAUUUUUUAUAUAUGUUUUAUUUUUAUCAUAUUGAAUAUUUACGAUCAUUAUAUUUAGUUUGACUGUAUGUAUUUUGAUAAAGAGUGACAUUUUUAUACGUUAAUUGUGUUAUUGAAAAGACUACCAUUACUUGACAAUUUAAAAAAAAAGGUGAUGAUUUUUAUUGUUUCAUGCCAUGAACAUCCAAAAUCACUGAUUUCAUGCAUACACCACCAGUCCGAUAUACAUGAAUUUAUUUACUUUUAUACAUCUGGAGAUAACCUGUUAUAUAGGUAAUUUAUUGGGAUUAGUUAUUUUAUAGAAUACUCGUGGAUUAAACUUCUUUCUUGCCUCUGAAAGUACCUAUUAUAUUCGGCAACUUUAUAUAAUUAUAUAGUUAUAAGUCUAUUCAUUUUCAAAUGUAGCAAAUCCUCUUUCGUUCCUAUUGUAGGUUACAUUCUACAAAUUCAAUUCCUUAUUUAUUUCAUAUUAAUAACAAAACAUUCAGACCUCAUUUUCAGCACUUUAGAGCAUUUCAAUGAUAUGAAAACCAUAUAUGGUCAUUUAGUAUAACAUGUCUUCUUAUCAAAAAUAGAAAAAUAUUGACAUGUUAUGUUGAAUAUAAGAAAAAUAAUCUGUUCUGAGAAACAUCACCCUCUAAAAAUGCCCCCAUGAAAACAGCCGUUUAGCAGUUAUGCGUAGGUAGACAUUUUUCGCAAAGAAUAAAACUUAUUCCAAGAAAUUUACAAUGAAAAUGGUCUAGAUCUAUUCUCAAUACUAUAAGCAAUAAACAUAAGCCAAAAAUUUAACUGUCACCUCCUCAUGUCACUCAUUAUACCAGAUUUCAUCCAUAGCAUGGAACUACAUUUUGGACUAUUUCACAUGUAACACUGAGUAGUCACUUCCGGUUUGGUGUAAUCCGUCCUUGUAGUUGACCAGUUUUAUAACAUCAAGUGUCAUUGGUAAUCCAGAUUGUUUGAUAGGAUAUUCGUUAUCCUUUAUAUUAGGAACCGCAUCAUUUAGCGUCAGGUACAGUCUAGUGCAAAAAGUAUUGGUUAAAAAUGGCGGCCAUCUUGGAUUUUUGUAUUUUGUAUAGCUUAAACAUUUCAUGUUAUAGUGCUAUAUAAAAACACAAAACAAAUUAAUAUUAUUGAAAAUCUUACCUCAAUUCUUGUUAAAAUGUCCCUUUAUUUUGAUGACAUUCAAAAUUCGCCUUGGAAUGCGGUCAUAGAGAUUCUGAAUGAACAGUACUGGAAUGGCUAACCAAAUGACAAAAAUAUUAUUGUACAAAUCUUCAUUAGAAUGAAUCAAAUAUUGUCUGUCACAUAAGUUUCGUUUGAUUUAUAGCCACACAUUUUCAAUAGUGUUGAGAUCGGGUGACUGUGCUGGCCAAGACAUAGUUUUUAUAUUGUUUCUUGCUAUAUAUUGUUGAGUAACCCUUGAACAGUAACCCGGGGAAUUUUCAUCUUGAAAUAAAUAGGAACCAUCUGGGAAAUGCCUUGCAAUUACUGGCCAUAUAUUGUCUUCAUGAAUGUUAAUGUAAUUUUCAGAAUUGAUAUUGCCAUUUACUUUUGUCAGAGUUCCAACACCAGACCAGCAAAUGCACACCACACCAUAACAGAGUACUUUCUGUUCUGGUCUAUAGUCUUCACCCUUCUUUCUCCAAAUGUACACCCUGUUAUUUUUACCUAUUACAACUGGACUCUCAUCAGAAAAUAUAACUUUAUCCCACUGUCCAUUUACAGUCCAGUCUCUUCUGUAAACACCAAAAAGUCUUUUCUUUCGGUUCUCUACCUUGAUCACAACCUUUUUUCCCUGUUAAUUCUCCUUUUGAAACCAUGCUUGCUCAAAUGAUACUGCACAGUAUGUGUAGAUGCUUUUCUUUCCUUUUCUUCAUUAAAUUUAGAAAAUGUCCCUUCUGUUCUUUUUCACAAUCCGCUCUAACAGCCUGUAAGAUCUGUCUGUCACAAUUUUAGGUCUGCCACUAAUGGAUUUGUUUUCUACAGAACUAGUUGCUUUAAACUUUUUCAAAACAUUAAACACAGUGCUGUAUGGUAUAUCCAAUGUAUUACAAAUCUUACUUGGUUUAAAUCCCUUUUCUUAUCGGUCUACAAUAACAUUUUUCUUAUCAGGCGUAAGUUCCUGUCCUUUUCUAACCAUGUUUGGCAACAAACAAUAAAUUUUAUGCAAUGUCAUUGAUGACGUCAUUGAUGAUGUCAUAUUCUAGAAACUGCUUUAACCUAUUUAUAUCAGUGAGGACAAGGUCAAUAUUGGUUUGUAAACAAAUAAUUUACAUGUAGUAAACCCAUCUAAUUGACUUUCAAAUCCAAGAUGGUUGCCAUUUUAACCAAUACUUUUUGCACUAGACUGUAUCUCUUAGUUUUUGAAAGGUCCAUCAUGCUUCCAAGUUUUAUCUUAAAAUUAAAACAGAUGACACAGUUUUCCAAAUAGAGAUAUUAUGCAUACUUACUUUGUUAGAAAAGCAACCCUUCAGCAUUGCACGUAAACUGUUAAAUUCAGAUAGGAAGGUAAUAAAAACAGUAGGUCAGUUAAACAUUCUAGUACAUUAAGAAGUAUUCAAACCUAUGACAAGUGUAAUUAUCAGAAAUAUGAUUUAACAAGAUUUAAAUGUUGUGUAUGUUCAUAACGGGAAAGAUGGCUGUACCAUUUUAAAUAAAAGUAUUUUGAGCCUUUGA